CGUGAUGUGCUACUAUCCACUACAAAUCGAGUCUUCCUUUGAAAUUCUCUUUGGAGUUGCAAGAUGAAAGGGAAAAAAAGUAGUCUGCAAAAAUAAUGAAGUGGAGGGUAUCAUUAGCAACACCUCUACUUAAAAUAAAAUCGUUAAUUCCCCUUCGCACGUGUCAAUCAUUACCACCUGCUAGUUAUGGAUCAUCGAAGGGGAGUCUCCACUGAUAGAAUAGAUUUAUAAAAUUUAUCGUAUUCAUGUCAUGACGUCAAACCUUCGGAGGCAGUGGCCCAUCAGGGACACAAUCGUCGCUUCGUUUCCUCUUCUGACCUCGACCCUCACCCACGUCAAGCUGAUAUUAUUUAUUCGUCAACGAGGGCCUUAUGAACGACUCCUUCGAAUAACGAAUGCGACAUUGUGGAUGGAAUCAUUCACAGACCAUGGAAAAAUAGUUUUAAAAAAUUGUGAACAACAGGCGAAGCUCUUUCUGUUCAUCUUCGUCAUCCUGGGACAUGCCUCUGGGGCUGGAUGGAUUUUUGAACCGUUAAUCCUUAACAUGAAGGCCAACAGCAGUGCUCCUGAUGAUCGUCAUCUGCCCACUGAAGUCAUUGUCGGGGUGCCUCUCUUUGAAUCACCCAAUUACGAAAUUAUUUUCGCAAUUGAUGUACUUGGAGUUUACAUAAUAACAAUAUUGUACUUCUGCUUCGAUUAUUACCUAGUUCUAGUGAACAUCUUCAUCGCAGGUCAGUUUGAAAUCCUCAAGCGAAGAUUCGCGACGAUUUACUCAGUAAAAUCCGUCCAAUUAAUGAGAGAGAGUCAGAAAAAUAUGCAAAACGGACCGAUCAACGAUAUUUUUAAGGAAUUCAAAGAUUGCGUGAUGCAGCAUCAAUUUUUAAUCUUCAUCGUCGACGAGAUCGAGAGCAUUUACAACUUCAUGAACCUAGUGGAAGUGAUCAUGAUCAGUUUGAUUAUCUGUCUCGUUUCGUAUCCACUCCUCAUGCCUGGGAGUGCACUGACUGUUGUGAAAAAUGGAGUCUUCGUUUGCAGUUGUCUUGUUCAACUUUUUACCUUCAUCCUAUCCUGUCAUAACAUCAUGGUCUCCAGUUCUGAUCUCUCCAAUGGGAUAUAUUUUUCGAGAUGGUACGAGAAUUAUCAGGACAUCGGACGAUCGUUGUCCACGAGUUUUAUGAUUGUAUUCGUGAGGACUCAGUGUCCCUGUUAUAUCACUGCAUGGGGAUUCUUUCCUAUUACAAUGGAUACUUUAAAAUCUAUUAUUACAACAUCAUUUUCAUACCUGACUUUGAUGAGACAAAGCAUGGAGUAAUGAGUAAUUGAUUUCUAAAUUACACAGAGAAGAGAAAACAAAAAAAUUGAUAGAAGAAGAAUUUGUCACUAAUUUCUCCAAUUUGUACUAGUACAUGGCCCAUAAAUUCAAGACUCGAAUGCAAUUAAACUCUGCAUAAACCAAAAAGUGCAAUUGAAUUAAAUCCCAAAACUUUCCUAAUUCUCUAUUUCCUCCCCCCCAUUUUCUCAUUCAAUUAAU